AUGUUUCUUAUCUAUUUUAUGCUUUUUAUAGCAGUUAAUGUUACCUCGUGUGUUCAUAUACCCGAUGAAAUAUAUCCAAAAGGAACUUCCGCAAAAUCUUUUAGUAGAAAGAGUUUGAAUGGUAAUUUAGGCGAUUCGGGACCAUUACUAAAAUUAAGCCCCACAGAUACCUCGUCUGAUCAAUCAAAAGUCAUCAAGGAAAAUUAUUUUCCAGAUGUUAUUUACCCAACUAAUAUAUUAGAUGUUGCCCAGCCAUUUUUUUUUAGAGUGAAUGCAUACGAUGAAGUUUUAGGUCCAUUUUCAGAGGAUGUUAAAUCAUCUUAUAAAUCUAUAAGUUCUAAUACAAAAAAGACAACAAGUAAAAAUAGAACACCAAAUUAUGACGAUGAAAUUCAGAAAAAUGUUUCACAAUCUCAAAUAAAUUAUAAUAUGGAUAAAGUAGUAAAUUUUGAAGAAGAUAUAAUUGAAAUAUCAAAAUGCAAUGAAAGCCAUGAGAAAAAUGUAUCAGAAGUAUCUAACGAAGAUAAUUAUUACGAUAUGAGUUUCAUAGAACAGGAGCAGCAAAUGAACGAGUCAGUAGCGAACAGCAAUUUAUCUUUUUCGCCCUCUUGGUGUACGAAUGAAACCGUUUUAGAAGUUGUGGAAGAAGUUAUAGAGAAUGUUUAUAAUAAAACAACAUUGAUUGAUAAACAAGAAUGCGAUUUUAUUUCAAUUGUAGAUAGUAAAGAAUGUGAAAAUGGCAUGGCUUACUUAAAUGUCGAUGACGAAGAUUCACUUAAAGAGAAAAAUAAAUUAAAAUCGGAAAAUUCAGAAGCCAAAGUACCAAUCGAAGUAAAAAUAAGUAUAGAAGUUUUUAGAAACAAUCCAGGAAAACAAAUUAAUCCAAUUCAAGACAUUGAUUUCGUUUUAGGCCCAGGUAUAAUAGUCGACGAUUCAAUGAAUGAAGAAAAGAAUGAAACUUUAAUAGAAAAAGGCACAAUAUUACGAAAUAUUGAUUUAAUAGAACGAGAACUUAAGCUCUUUGAAAAUGAAUUGGCAACAAUAAAUGAAACUAGUUUCGAAAAUUUUAAUGGCCCGCCAUCUUAUUCUUCAAUUGAAUCGUUUGAAAGGGAAAACAUCACUGAUGACACUUUAUUUUUACCUAUUGAAAAAUUAUCAUGGACAGUGAAUGAUUCCCUAAUAGAUUUACUUAUCAAUUUACCUUCAAAUAUUUCUAAAUAUAAUGCCAGUAACUAUUCUGCGCCCCUUUCCGAAGAUGAUUCAGAAAAUAAUGCUACAAACGUGUACACAGUACCGUUAGUUAUAUAUUUAAAAAGCAACACAAGUAUAGAUGAUAGUAACAAUGAUACUUAUAUAACGAAUAUUAAUAACAGUGGCGUACAAGAUGAAGAUUUUUUCCUAGAUUUAAUUAUUUCUCUUGAUACUCUCUGUGAAACAAAUACGACGGAAUUGCAACAUGUAAAAAACUUCACAGAUCUAUAUGUUAUUGAUAAUUUACGUGAACUUUUAUCUGAAGACAAUAUACGCAACAUUACGUUAUAUAGUGUCAAUGCUAACAAAGAUGAUGAUUAU